AAUUCAAAAAAUAUCAGAAAAAUGUAUACAUUCUGCGAACGAACAGCCCAUAUACAUAUUAUAUACCGAUUACGAUCUGCGAAGAUUCCUGAAGAGUGAGCACAAGUGUACGUAGUCAUGCGGCGAGGAGAAGAGAAAGAAGGACAGGGAGAAGGUUAAGCGAUGUUCCAGGCCUUCAGGCACAAGGCACAACAGUGAACAGUCUCGCAACAGCGACGUUGCGGGUCCGUCGGAAGCCCAACGAGUUUUUUUUCUCUAGUCUCCGAUCGACACGUACGCAAGGAUUCUGUAUAAUUCUCAACCUCGAUUCGGCUCUUCUCAUUCGAACUCUUGAUUCUACGUGAAGCAGAGAAUAAAAAAAAAAAAAGGGAAAAAUGGCCGAGUGCCCGAAAACCGUGUUCGUAACCGGCGGAGCCGGUUACAUAGGCAGUCACUGCGUCAUCGAGCUCCUUCAAUCCGGCUACGAGGUAGUAGCGAUUGACAACUUCGCAAACAGUGUUUCCGGAGACGACGGCCAAUCGGUGGCUCUCUUGAGAGUCGAAAAAAUCACGGGAAAAAAAGUGCCGUUUUACAAUUGCGAUCUUACCGACCGCGAUGAGCUCGAAAGAGUUUUUAACAAGCACAAAAUCGACUGCGUCAUCCAUUUCGCGGCUAUCAAAGCUGUCGGAGAGUCGAUGCAAGUUCCUCUUCACUAUUACCGUAACAACAUCAUAGGCGCCAUCAAUUUACUCGAGGUCAUGAAAGCCGCCCAAUGCUUUCAAUUCGUAUUCAGCAGUUCGUGCACAGUUUACGGUGAGCCCGAGAAUCUCCCGAUCGCCGAAGACCAUCCGGUUGGUAACAUAACUAACGUUUAUGGCAGAACAAAGUAUUUUAUUGAGGAGAUGUUGACGGACAUCUCGAGAGCGGAAAAAAUGUGGAACAUCAUAUUUUUGAGAUACUUCAAUCCCGUUGGUGCUCAUCCGAGUGGUUUGAUAGGCGAAGACCCAACGAAAGCCUACACAAAUCUCAUGCCCUACAUCGCUCAAGUAGCACUGAGAAGGAAACCAGAGCUCGUGAUAUUCGGCGGAGAUUAUCCGACCGAAGACGGCACGGGCAUUCGCGACUACAUUCACGUGAUGGAUUUGGCAACCGGGCACGUCGCGGCAUUGGCUGCCUUGCGAAAACAACACUCUAGACUCAAAGUCUACAAUUUGGGCACAGGGAAAGGCGUAUCCGUCCUUCAGCUGGUGAAAACUUUCGAAAAAGUUACGGGUACGAAGGUCCCUUACGUAGUGCGGGAGAGACGAGAAGGUGACAUCGUAUCGAUGUACGCGAAUGCGGAAUUGGCCGCGAAGGAACUCGGCUGGUCAGCCAAAUGCACCGUCGAACAAAUGUGUGAAGAUUUUUGGAGGUGGCAGACGAUGAAUCCGAAUGGUUACCGCGUGUCUACUAACGGCGAUGCGAACCACGAUUGAGCAACAAAUAACACAGUAUUUUAUAUAACCGAUUUGUCAGUACCGUGACCAAAGCCCACACUAUUUUGUAAAGAUUAAAAUAUCGUCAAACUCACAUACAUAAACUCAACAAGUGGACUGGGCCUGAAGUCCUCCCUUAGGGGCUCGCUAUUCCACUGCUCGGAAGUUGUAUUGUCUGCGGGGAAUGUUUUCAAUCGUCCAGUAAUUAAAGGAACAAAUAAAUACACAUAAAAGAAAAUAGAAAUCA